UGGAAAGCGAACACUGCACUGGAUUGACGCGUUUUCAACCAGCGUUCUCACGCCCACAGCUGUCGAAUUUGGAAUUCACGAGCAUGUCUCGCCGCCACUAGUGAAUUUUGUCGCACCACUUAGCGUAGUUUGUAGCUCUGCUUUCAGCAUGGACAUGACUGAACUGGUAUCCUUCAAGGCAGUGCCAAAUAAGGUGGACAAUGACAACGUUGAUCGAGUCGUCGGUCUGCCACCUCCACAGCCCUCCAUGCCUGCCAUCGAUGCCGAGGUCAACUUCCGCAACUGGUACGCGGCCAAGAAGAGUGUUUCCGAAGGCCUGUUCGACGUGGCGCUGCUGUCGGCCAACGGGGCGCAGCUCAAGCACGUGUUACAGUUGGGACCCGGCUUCGACUUCUACGCACCGGUCCUGAUCCUCGUAUCACUCUCCAUUGCCUUCCAGGUCAUCCAAAUGGGACUGCUCGUAGUCAUUGGCUUCCUGGACCUGUCCAAGGAGUGCCACCAGAGACGCGCCGAGGUCCUCACCAACGUGGCAACCGCCAUUGCAACCUAUGGUGGCCAUGAUAAACGUCAUCGCGGCUGCUUUCAACCUCAGACAUGAUGGAGAUGGUGGACCUCAACAGUAGACGCAACCACACUUAACGUAGUGCGGAAGACCAUCGACCGUCCUCGUGAACUGAUUUUGUUAUCACAAUGCAGCAGCCACACUGACUUACCAAAUGGGCUCAAUCAAGCGUGUUAAGAUAACAUUUUCGAAUGUGUACUACUGCGGAAGAAACUUCUUUCCUGUGGUAAAUACUGUUUGUUGACAUGUGGUGUCAUAUGGCUCAUAGCAACGCUGACUUCAUGAACCUAAAUGAAACAACCAAAUACGUGAA